CGAUAACGCUUAUCACUCAGCAAGCCACAUCUUUCCGUAGUUCAUGUCCAAACUCGCUGGAUCCAAAACACCAAGCCUCAUCACCCCACGUCGUCCACUGCCAUCAUUCUGCCUUUCCGGUCGACAUAGUCAAGCGCAAAACAAGCCAAUCCGUCAUCACGAUGCCACCCCAGAUCAAACAGGACCUCAACCGCUCCGGGUGGGAAUCGACCGACUUCCCCUCGGUGUGCGAGAACUGCCUGCCCGCGAACCCGUACGUCAAGAUGCUCAAGGAGGACUACGGGGCCGAGUGCAAGCUGUGCACGCGGCCCUUCACCGUGUUCCAGUGGGCGGGCGAAGGGCGCGCGCACGGGCGCAAGAAGCGCACCAACAUCUGCCUGACGUGCGCCCGCCUCAAGAACGCCUGCCAGUGCUGCAUCAUGGACCUGCAGUACGGCCUGCCCAUCGUCAUCCGCGACAAGGCGCUCGAGCUGGUCGCGCCCGGUCCGCAGAGCGAGAUCAACCGCGAGUACUUCGCGCAGAACAACGAGCGUGCUAUCGAGGAAGGCCGGGCCGGGGUCGAGGAGUACGAGAAGUCGGACGAGAAGGCGAGGGAGCUGCUACGGCGGCUGGCGCAGAGCAAGCCGUAUUUCAGGAAAGGGAGGGAGGUAGAUCAAGAAGGGAACCCGGUUGCGGGCGUGAGCGGGAGUGCGACGGGUGGAAAUCCUGCUGUCGGUGCUGGCCUGGGCGGUGUGGGGCCGAUUCGGACGAGGGAUUCAAGAGCGGCGGCGGCGGUGGGCGCGAAGGCUGGACCGCGGAGAGGGCCGGCCCCGCCGCCCGGGCCGAAGGACUGGUUGCCGCCGGCCGAUCGGAACAUCAUGUCACUGUUCGUCACCGGCAUUGAGGACGACCUGCCCGAGUACAAGAUUCGCGACUUCUUCAAGGUGUUCGGCAAGAUCAAGUCGCUGGUUGUGUCGCACAUGACACAUUGUGCAUUCGUCAACUACGAGACACGCGAGGGAGCAGAGAAGGCGGCAGCAGAGUGCAAGGGACGCGCUGUCAUUGCCGGUUGCCCGUUGCGGAUCCGGUGGAGCGUGCCCAAGGCGAUUGGGACGAUGGACAAGGAGAAGAGGGCAGAAAUGCUGCGCGACGGUUGGUCUGCUUUCCCCCAGGCGAAUCGGGGCGGUCCACACAAGGCGAUUGAGGGCGGCGCUGCACAAGGAGGCGGCCAGACCCCUGCGCAGAACGACCUUUCUGCCCUUGCCGUUGCUGCGCCACCAGGGGCCGCCGAUGUACAAUAUGCUAGUCUAUCCGGGAACUAGGCGCAUUUUCGGUUUUAUAUGUGCUCUUCGGUAUGGCGUUUGGGAGGCUAUUGGGUCUGGUCAUGGCGGGGGCAAGGCAAAAAGUAUCUCUCCUGCAUGUUUAUUUGUUCGGUAUCUUGUUAUGUAUUGCUGUUGUUACACUGAGGGGUAUCAUAGACGGCUAUACAAUGCAAGGCAGGUUUCCCUGCCGGUUG